UCGGCGCGGAGCGGGGGCGCGCAGCGCGGAGCAGCCGGCCCGGCCCGGCCCAGCCCCGCGGCGGAGAGGCGGCGGCGGCGGCGGCGGGUGCAGGGCCUGUGUCAGAGCUGCAGCCGAGCGGGGCCUCCGCCGCGCGUCCCGGGCGCUGCUCGCCAUGUCGGGCGGGCUCCCCAAGGCCCUGCCGUCCACGGGGCCCCACUCCCUGCGCGACAUGCCGCACCCGCUGGCCGGCUCCAGCAGCGAGGAGGCCGUGGGCGGCGACAGCACGCCCAGCCCGGACCUGCUGACGGCCCGCAGCUUCGGCGACAAGGAUCUCAUUUUGCCCAACGGUGGAACUCCAGCAGGCACUUCGAGUCCAGCUUCUUCAUCUUCCCUUCUCAACAGACUUCAGCUUGAUGACGACAUCGAUGGUGAAACCAGAGAUCUCUUUGUCACCGUUGAUGAUCCCAAGAAGCAUGUCUGUACAAUGGAGACCUAUAUCACGUACAGGAUCACCACCAAAAGUACUCGGGUGGAGUUUGACCUGCCAGAAUAUUCUGUCCGUCGAAGAUACCAGGAUUUUGACUGGCUGAGGAGCAAACUGGAAGAAUCGCAGCCCACUCAUCUCAUUCCCCCGCUUCCUGAGAAGUUUGUGGUGAAGGGUGUUGUGGAUCGUUUUUCAGAAGAGUUUGUGGAGACCAGAAGAAAAGCUUUGGAUAAAUUCCUAAAAAGAAUUACGGAUCAUCCUGUACUUUCUUUCAAUGAACACUUCAAUGUUUUCCUUACUGCGAAGGACCUGAAUGCCUACAAGAAGCAAGGGAUGGCGCUGCUUUCCAGAGUGGGCGAGUCGGUCAAGCAUGUCACCGGAGGCUACAAGCUGAGGAGUCGGCCUCUGGAGUUUGCAGCCAUCGGCGAAUACUUAGACACGUUUGCACUCAAACUGGGAACCAUAGACCGGAUAGCCCAGCGGAUCAUCAAAGAAGAAAUAGAGUACCUUGUAGAGCUCAGAGAAUACGGGCCUGUGUACUCCACGUGGAGCGCGCUAGAGGGGGAGCUGGCCGAACCCCUGGAGGGCGUGUCUGCGUGCAUCGGCAACUGCUCCACAGCCUUGGAAGAGCUGACGGAUGACAUGACAGAAGACUUCCUGCCGGUGCUCAGGGAAUAUAUUUUAUACUCUGAUUCCAUGAAGAGCGUGUUGAAGAAGAGGGACCAAGUGCAAGCGGAGUACGAAGCCAAACUGGAAGCCGUGGCUCUGAGAAAGGAGGACCGCCCCAAGGUGCCCUCAGACGUUGAGAAAUGCCAGGACCGGAUGGAGUGCUUCAAUGCUGACCUGAAAGCCGACAUGGAGAGGUGGCAGAACAACAAGAGGCAGGACUUCCGGCAGCUGCUCAUGGGAAUGGCUGACAAGAACAUCCAAUAUUAUGAGAAGUGCCUCAUGGCGUGGGAGUCGAUUAUUCCACUUCUACAGGAGAAGCAAGAGGCCAAAUGAGCUCCUUCUGGGGACGGAGGCUCUUCUACCUACACAGGGCACACACGCCAUCCCGGAAUGUCCCUGCUGUGCCAGAGAGCAGGCACAGCAAGCAACCACAGAAACAUCUCUCAUGUAUUUCUUUCCUUUCCCCCACCUGCCUUUGUCUGACAGUUGUUUUCACUUAGUAUUUAUUCCCUGGCGGAGGCGUAAGGCUAUCAUCAUCUCUCAGCAAAAGCCGCAGACCUCCGUGCUGUGAAGGAACCUAUGACACGGAACACUACGAAGAUUCGAAAGUGAGGGACCAGACAUCCUCAGUUGACAUUCUGACACCUUGUCACAGUUUCCUGUUCUGGGACAGCGGAGCUGCAUGUUGCGGAAGAGAACCCGGGCCCCGCUUUUCAGGGAUGCGAAGAAGGUACAAACAGGAGGCCAUUCUUGCUUCCCAUGGACACACAAGCUCUGGACUGACCUCUGUGGGCAGCGACAUGUUCCAGCCUGGCAGGAGGUGUGGGCACCUCCACGGAAGGUCCUUAAUGUACAGUGGCCUCGUGAUGAGUGGUGCCCGUUUGAUGGUUUCUGGUUCCCCUGGGGCCGUUUAACUCAGUGUCUACAUGCACCUGAACUAGAGCCAGCCAGCCAGCGUCCUUGUCCUUACGCGAUGCCUCAGGGAGCUGGAGGACCGGGCUCCCCAAACUUGUUUCUGACACUAGAAAUGCGGAAGAUUGGAAACUGUUUUUGUGUAAAAUGGAAAAAAAAGGUGCAUUUUUCUCUGUGACGUCCUUCCAUGUUGUUGUUUUGUUUGUGAAAUGUCAUCCAAGUAGAGAGUAGGCCUGUGGGGGAGUAGGUAUAGCCUCGAAGUAGCUUCCCCUGUUGUUGAGUUCAUGGGGCAGAUACCAAGCCCCGCCUCCCACGUCUGCUUUGUGCAAUUGCCUUCACCUCACCAAAAAGUCCUCGUUUAAUGUUUCCUAUUAUGUCCACCGAGUGCUCGGGCAACGUGUUGGCGAGAGGCUGGUGUGUGGUUGUAACACAGUGGAGAUUCUGCAAACUCAGUGUGAGUGUCCUAUAGGAAGUGCUUUAACCCCUACUUUUUCCGAGCAGGAGGAAAGUCAGUCCCCGGUCGAACCUGCACUAUGACUCCAGCGGCAGCAGACUCUGCUUCUGGUUGAGCUAAGGUCAGUUUAUAGCCACGUUCCUGGGGCCUGCUGGCUGCAUCUAGUCUUUAUUCCAAACCGUUACCAGGUUUACUUUUAAAAUCAAUAUCAAACAAGCAGGUGCGGGGUUGGGAAAAGAUCUUCCAACUAGGUUUUUUCUUCUCCUGAAAGGAAGCGACAUGUCACGUUUGUGUUCUUUCUUCUGUGGCUCAUCCAUAUAAAACUAUAAAUCUGAGCCUCAAAUACGCGGUAGUUUUCUCUUUUCUUAAUGAAGCAGCUGUGCGGAGACAGCGCUGCCCGUGGGAGGUGACCUGCAGAUGCCGCCAGCCAGCGCGCAGCACGUGGAAGUCACUCCCCUCCUGACGGCAGAGCUGACCUGGUGUCAGCCACGCUGUGAUGCUGUCGAGGCAGUUGGUUCUGUUUCAUCAUGUUUGAACAAGUCGCGGUUUAAAUUUUAAUUUUUAUAUCAAUGGGUACUUCACUGCACUGUUAGGCCCUGUUUGUGCUAUGCUCAAAUCCUUUGAUGUGAAUUUUCAGUUUGGUACGAUUGGAAAUGAUUCAUUGAAGUAGAUGGAUAAGAACAGUCCAUCUACCCUGAGGGGUGAUUCAGUGCUACAUUCUACCUCUAAACCAUCACGUUGAUGUGGGCAUGGGUGCCCGGGUCCAGCCUGACCGCUUGCUGGUAGAAUCAGGGUGGGUUGAUGGCUCUCUGUUGGUAUUUGAUAGAAGACACUAGACUGGCCCAGCAGAGAACACUCAUCUUUGGGAAUGUGUGAAGCCUUGCCUUAUGGAAUGUGUGCUUUUAAAAUAUUGCCCAGUGUAAUGAAUACUCAGAACGAUGGCAGGAGUUAACAGGAAAACUAGACGGUCUUCUGCUAGGUUCACCAGUGGGACAUUUGGGGAAGGGAGUAGGGUCUGCAGUCAUCUCUGAACAUUUCUGGAGGUGAAAGACUAGCUCUGAAAGGGUUGGGCAUCUUGGGGUUUUGUCUUCCCCUCUUUGGCCCCCAUGUGAUGUUCUUGUGCUGCAAGACACCAACAAAAGCUGAAACACGGCAGACUGCCUUCUAUCUACUGGUAGCAGAUCUGGGGAAAGCUGUGUCUAGUACAGGCUUCCUUGGAGAAUGGCCUAGGCUGGCAUCUUAAGGUGAGGAGGCAGGGCCAGAAGGAACGGGACAGUAGGCAGUGAGGGAGGCUCUCCAGUCCUCCCAGGGCUCCCCUGAGGGUCAGCAGGCCCAAUCCAUCACCUCUUCAUCUCGGUCAGCACAAAGGUGGUUGAUCCCCUAGGAGAGAUGUGUGAUCCAGAGACUUCUGUGCCAAAGACUGCCUCAUCGAGGCUUCGUCACCCCAUCCUCCUCGUCUCCACAAAGCCGUGGUGCUGAGAGCACCGCCUCCUAUCUUGUAUUUAUUUUCCAGGAGAUUUUUGCUUGCAGCUGCGCCUUACCUCGGGCGGGCAGACAUGGGCAGGUGGUGAGGCUUGAAAGCACAGGGCAGUGGGAUGCAUAGUCAUCCCGUCCGCUGCCCUCAGGUCUGGGAUACAACAGGUUUCAUUUAUCAGAUCAAACAAAAAUCCAGGCCAAGGCAGAAGAGAGGGUUCCUAGAAACUGAGCGGGUUUUGGAGAGCAGGUGGUGCUGAAGAUAAGGUGGCAGCUGAUGCGGACAUUGCUCUUCCUUAUCAUGAGCUGGGCCUACAAGAAGAUCCUAGGCUACUCUGCAAGGAACCACUGCCCCUGAUGGAGGAGGGGCUUUCUCCUGCAGUAAGGCUUAAUGAUGAUUCCCGGUGAGCUCAGAUAAGUGCGAUUUGGGAGGCGAUUGAUUGGCUUGUAUUUCACUGCGCGGCUCCUGGAACCCACCAGACACCUUUCUUUAGUUGAACUAACACAACCCGGCACCACUCUGGGAUCCUGGGGAAUGUACCAUAAGCUUGUCUUCAUGCCAAAUUUCAGCCACCCCGGAGCGUGGUCUGCAUGUUGUUGAUGAGCAUUUUCUCAGUCGCCGUCCAUGCACACUUGCUGCUCAUUUCCUGGGAGGCCACCUUUGGUGACGGAACCACCGGAAGCUCUGCUUUAGAGGGGGGUGUGAUGGCCCCGCAGCAGUCAGCCAAGUGGAGUUUCUCUCUCGGACGGCAUCAGUCCAAGAAACCCAGAGUUUGUGUGACUUGGCCCUGAGACUGGGAGCAUUGAAACCGUGGGCACCAGUGGCUCUUUUGAUACCAUUCAUGGGAUUGCAGAGCAGUCGUUCUCUGUACUGUGUCCUGACGGGUGAGACGGGAGGGACAGCGAGGUCCAGAGCCACCUCCUGGGUCUAUGUUGGCCUCAUCUGUUUGAGUCUUGGGAUGGGUCAGAGCUGGGCUCCGCUCUGGCUGCGCUAAAAGGUGCUUCUGCUGAGCAAAUGGGCUGCCUGUGGUCAGGGCGGGCGUCCCAUGCUGGACCCCGCCUUCCUAGACGCCUACUCUAAAGGCCUGUGGAAACUGGUUACUCUAAUUAUGAGGCUGGGGUAACACCGCUUUGGUCAUCUCCGUUGGGAACAGGGGUUUGCCUCUUACUUUCAAAAGUCCUCAGGACGACUAAACCAGAAACCCGGUUUUUGGUCAAUCUAGCCAGUAGGUGGUUAGCUUUCUGUCUGAGGGAUGUCUGGUCUUCCCCAUAGCUGCACGGAUUAGAGCAGGCACAGGGCUGGCUACAUUAGAAAAGGUGGGGAGGGACUUUGUUACAGGGGGUUUGACUGUUCUUUCUUAAUCGUAUGUAUUUGAAAUGCUUUCUGAGUACGGCUGUCGGAUACCUUCUGUUUGGCAGAAAAACACGUUAUCCAAAUAGUUUUUACUACUAUACUAUAGAGAGCCUGUAAAUAAGGGCUUGGAAAAAAAUAACUUUAACAAACCAGUAAGAUUCUGUGUCUCAUGCAAAAACAUUCUGUGUACUUAGCACUUGAAAAUAAACCAAUCCAGACUUUUUAAAACGCCCACAUACUGUUAAAAGCCUGACUCUACUUUUUGAGAAUUUGUCAUCACCUGUUAAAAUGCCUUAUUCUUCAAUGGGUAUUUUUUAGAUUCUGGAUUUUUAAACAAAGAAUUUUUUAGAAAUGUAAUUAGCUGUUCAGCUUAAAUACAAGAAGUCUAACAUAGUCUGUCCUCGGUCCUCUUAAAGAAACAAAUAAGAAAGUAGGGUUCAUAAUUAGGGCUGCCUUUUUGGGAGGAGAAAGCUAAGUAAGAAUUGCUAUUGCCAAAUGAUGUUUUUGAUAAUGUAAGGAAACACAGGGACCACAAGACCUUUUUGUUUUAGAGUCUGAACGGCUAACUCAGUGCCUUUCGGCACACUUUUGAUUGUAGAGGGAAAAUGGCAUCAGCAAAGAACCUACAGAUUAUGACACUAUUAAAGGUUCUGCAGAGCAGCUUUUCAAGAGAUUCUGUGGGGGGCCCCCCAGACCAGCACAUUUCAGGACGAAAUGCUCCACAGGUGGAAAUGCCAAAAACAGAAAACAUAUUGUCGACUCACAUCAUUUAGUCAAUUUUAGUAGGGCUUUUUCAAUGAAAAUCAGUGACCGAGUAUUGUACGUGCUAUACUCUCACUGGGGGAUUCUGGUUCCCUGCGGGCCGGGUGAGAGCAGGCAACAGCUGUCACCACCCCUGUUUGACAGGCUGGUUCACCGUCCCAGGCCAGCUCUCCAGCCACACACUGGAAAGAAAAAGAGGGGAUGCUUUCUCCUCGGGGUGGAAAUGGAGCGGUGAAAGUAGAUUGUAAACAAAACACGUGACUCAGUAUGUCGAAAUGGUGCCCGUGCCAGCUGGGCCUUCACCGACUAACAAGUCAGCGGCUCUGAACAGCCCACCCAUUCACCUGCUCACCCUGAGGUUCGGGUCUGGCCAGCAGACGCCCUGUCCGCUGUACUUCUGUGUGCCUGCUCCCUUGAGGUCUAUGAGUUGGGAAUGUGUGGGGAAACGAUGUAUACCUGAUAGUAUUCCCAUGACAUAAACUGCCAGCAGACUUUCUACUUGUAUUUUAACUGUUGAAAAAGACAAAAACAACCCUUUGCUUAGGUCAUGUCCAAAUUAUGGACCAUUUUUCCUAUGUUUAGAAGUCAUUAUUUACAUUUAAUUUUUUUAAAGGAAAAAAACAAAAUAAAACAAAAAACACCUUCUGAGGUGUUGAUCAAGUCCUCUGUGUAAAUGUGUUCUCUCUCCAUGCUGCCAUUAAGCCAAAUCAAAAGCUGUGAAUAAAAAAUAAAAAAAAUGUAUUCAAGAAUGUGUGUUGAUGAGAAAGUGAUUUAUUUACAGAUCAAAGUCUUUGUGUCAUGAAGGUACCAAAUCUUAAAAAGAAUGUCACCUUUUUCCCCCUGUUGUGGAACACAGAGAUUGUAAAAAGAAAAAGAAAAAAAGGCCUUUUGUUGCAUUUUCUAUGUUGGCACGAGGUUUGUCCACUUCUUUUUCAUAUGUUUGUGUAUAAAAAAUUCUGUCCAUUGUUUACUAUGGGAUUAGUAUUACAUUUUGAGGUAAACAAGAGAAUUUGUAUUGCUUGAUAAACUGUUAGCCUGUAAAUUUCCAAGGUUUCUUUACCUCAAUUAAAGUAAUGGACCAAUAAAUCUAUAAAAGAUGCUUUCUUUA